AUGAUGAAUAUGAAUCUAGCAGUGAAUAUGAAUAUGAAUAUGAAUCUAGCAGUGAAUAUGAAUUUAGCAGUGCCAGAACUGCUAAACAAGAAAGGUUAUAUCAUUGGGGGUCAUGAGGCCAAACCGCACUCCCGACCCUACAUGGCAUACCUGGAGAUCCACGAUCAGAAGUCUGAAAUAUUCCAAUGUGGUGGGUUCCUGAUCCAAGAGGACGUGGUGAUGACGGCCGCUCACUGUAAUGGCAGAAAAAUCGAGGUAAUCCUGGGUACCAACAACAUUGGCAAAAUAAGGGAUUGGUUCAGGAAGAAGAUCUCUGUGUGUGCAACGUUCCCUCAUCAGGACUAUAAUGAAGACACUUUCUCUAAUGAUAUCAUGUUGCUGAAGGGAGACUCCGGAGGUCCUCUCGUGUGUGACAACGUAGCUCAAGGCAUCGUGUCCUAUGGAGAUGUAAAUGGAAUUCGUCCAGGUGUCUACACCAGAAUCUCCUUUUUCCUGCCCUGGAUAAAAGAAACGCUGAGAAGAAUGUAA